CUAGGGCAAGAGGAGGAAGACAUGGCUGUGGUCAAGAGACUUUUCAGCAUGGGUGAUGUCAAUGCCAAGGCUAGUCAGACUGGGCAGACAGCCCUCAUGCUAGCCAUCAGCCACGGCCAUCAGGACAUGGUAGCUGCCUUGCUGGAAUGUGGGGCUGAUGUCAACGUACAAGAUGCUGAUGGCGCUACAGCACUGAUGUGUGCCAGCGAGUACGGGCGCCUUGAUACAGUUCAGCUGCUGUUGGCCCAGCCAGGCUGUGACCUAACCAUCUUAGACAAUGAGGGAACAAGUGCCCUGGCCAUUGCACUGGAGGCUGAACAGGAUGAGGUGGCUGCACUGCUCCAUGCUCACCUGACAUCAAACCAUGGCUUUCAGGGCCAGCCUCCCCCAGCUAAGGUAUGCAGUGACAAAUGACCCAACCUCUUUUGAGCAGCUGCUACCCUCUACCUGGACUGUAGGAGACACUUUCCUCUUAUGUCUGAGCUUCUGAAUCACAGGAGGGUACCUUGUGCAGAUGCCAGAGUGAUGAUACAGCUCUCUACCCACUCCAUAAAACAUCGUUCACAAUAAAGCAUUUCUACUGAACUUGUA